AUGGAUGAAGGCGAGUGUUUGGAGUUCCCAUCGUUUGAGGCCUUCGACUCGGAGGACCGUCCGCCGCCGCCACCCAUUGAGGAUUACCCUAUCGGCUGUGAAGUAGAUCUUGUUGACUUGGGUCCUGCGAAAAUAGCGCAGACGAACGAGUUGUGGGAACCAUUUAUGGAUACACUCUUCGGCCAGGGGAGACGAUCUGUGCGGGUGGUGCGACACCAAGGUGACUACACCUUCGUCGUGUACGACGCGGACCCGGAGAUGGCCGUUGGCUGCACACUCUACCGCGCCUGCCUCAGCGAGCCCAAGGUGCGCUUCAAGAAGUACAUCCCGCACCAUCAAAGGGAGGGCACGGUGAGUGGGACCGUCAGCGACGCAUGCAAACCUGACGCCAGUGGCCUCUUCGAGGUCUACGGCAGCAGCUCCGAGGAGGACAACCGCGUGGUGGAGCGUCCUCUCCCUGUCGAUCCCACCAUCAGCAGCAGCGACCCAUUGGGCACCAACCCGAAGAGCUUGCAGAGGUUAUUUAACGCGACAGACGCGGCGCGCUGGGGCCGUAGCACAGAGGCGGAUAUCAGGCAGGAGUCGCUUACGCAAGAGAAUGCCAAUGCGGCGCGGCGCAAGUACAACUACGCCAUGAAGAAGGCAUACGAAGCCCUAACCCGGCAAAACUGUGUGGAGGCGGUGCGUUAUUAUACAAAGGCGCUGAAGUACAGUCCCGACGGUGGAGCCAGAGCCCUGUCAAAUCGCUCCGUAGCGUUUUUAGGUCUGCAUAAUGCAGAGGCUGCCUUUAAGGAUGCAACACGUGUAAUUGAACUGACGCCUCAGAGUUGUAUUGGAUACGUGCGCGCGGGCAACACACUGCGUGGGGUGAAAAAAUACGAAGAGGCGCGAACCUACUAUGAGAAUGCCCUUGCCCUUGACCCUGAAAACGAAACGCUUAAGUAUCUCCUCCUCAGCAAUUCUGUCAUGAUGUUGUACGCCCCCAAACUGGACCACCGAAAGGUGGCGUCCAUAAUGUUGGAUCGAAACACCAAAAACGUUGUCCUCCACGCCAAGAAGAACAUGCGUGUUGGCGAGUUGGCAUGGAAGGAGACGACCACGACGGUGACACUUCUUUUUUACCCGUAUAGUGGUGGCAGAGGCAGCAACGGCAAAGGGGCUUCGCGUUAUAUAUGUUGUCAAUGCUACCACCCCCUAACACGAGUAGAAGACUUCUGCGAUAGCUUACCGGGGAUAAAGCCCUCACUGGUCCGCAAGAUAUAUAGCGAUCCCAACAUUGUGCAGUGUAACGGCCAAUGUGGAGAAGUUUACUGUUCGGAGAGCUGCCGUGCCAAAGCGUGGGCGGGACACCACUGGGUGGAAUGCUCAAAACGCGGAAAGUGGUCUGAGUCAUUCCGCUUGAUGCCUGGACUUUUAGCAGAAUUUGCCGCCGAUCGUAAAUGUCUAACUAACAAGAAGCGCCUCUGCGCUUAUGGCAGUCGUUCCGCGGUGCAGACAACAACGUAUAUGCCCUCACUCGCAGAUGACAGCGUCGAUGUCAUUAUAGCCUGUGUUCGUCUUGCAUGUCGCAUGUUUGCCACGAUCGUGAGCAGUGGGCGUCCUCUAGAGGACGCUGUCCAGAUGUAUGAGUGGAUGCUGCCCAAGGAGAGCAGCUACAACAUAUGCUUGAACAAUCAUGCCACAAACCUGACGCAGAAGAUUGUCAUUGACAAGAUACUAACCCCCGUGUAUAGCACACUCCGGCAAUGCUUCACCACGGAGGAACAGCAAUAUCUUUCUUUCAAUGUAUUCUUCCAUUGUUAUGAGCGCGCCCGAUUCAACGCGGUGAAAGUGCGUACUUCUGCAUGGCCGGGUAUUCAAAGGAAAGCAGAGGGCUACGUGGGGAUAUUCAAAAUGCGCAGCAGCGAGAGCACCAUCACAUCCCUCGAUAGUUCGACUACGCAUGAGCCUUUCACCAAAGUCUCACCAUGUGACUCAAAGCUCAUGCAGUUGGAGCGCAUUGUGGCGACCCCUGCAGAAGCGGUGGCGGGGUACUUUGAGUGCCUAGCCGUCUUCAAGGUGUUUGUCGCCACGUUUGCGCCGAAGUUCCAGCAGACAGAGGAGCCGCCGUGUUACAAUGUGAAAAUGCGAUCGGCCAUUGAGCCGUCCGCCAUCGUUCAUAUUGAUGUAACGGAGAACAUCCUUAAGGGUGAGCAGUUAGUGGCGGACAGGUCACAUAAUGCGCUGAUCGUUUAG